AUGGUUAAUCCAGUGAAUAAGAUUUUCGAUGAGCUGUAUGUUGUCUUUAAAGACCUAAUCAAGAAGAAUAUUAGAUUUAAAGGCAAACUCAAAGGCAUCGAAGAAAAGCUAGAAGCUCUAAAGCCGGUGAUCGGAGACAUGGUGCAGAGAAAUGAGGUAUUAGAUCACUCAAGGAAGGAACUAGAAGGUUUAACAAAAGUUAUGGAGUCUGGCAUUAAGCUCUUUGUCAAGUGCUCAAAGUUUCGGGUGUGGUGGGUCUUCAAGAAGUACAAAUACGACAACAAACUUACUGAAUGGGAGAACAGUCUAGGAAGUGAGUUACAUAUGCUGAACGUGUAUACCGGCAGGGAUGUGAAGGCCAUCGCAAUAGACGUGAAGGAGAAUGCAGCGCUUCAGAAGGAGACUGGGGUUACGUUGAAGAAUAUAGAGGAGAAAUUGGACCAAUUUCUGAUUCAAAAACAACCUGGGAAACCUAAAGCUUGGAUGAGCACCGAAGUACCUGAACUUCCACGUUUUACAGUGGGAUUGGACACACAUUUGAAGGAAUUGAAGAUGAAGCUUUUCAAGGAUGGGGGGUCAAAGCUUGUAGUAACAGCUCCUGGAGGAUCUGGCAAAACCACUUUGGCUAAAAUGCUUUAUCAUGAUCAAGAAGUCAAAGAUAAAUUCACCAAGACUAUCUUUGUAAAGGUCUCGAAAAAGUCCAACUACAUUGUUGUACAAGAACUAUAUCAAGAGUUGGAAUCCCAGGAAUCUGAAUUCCCAAAUGAAGAUGGUGCAUUCAGCUGGCUGAAGGAAUUUCUGGAGACCUUCCAAAAUCCUCUGCUUCUCAUCCUUGAUGAUGUUUGGUCGGAAUCUAAAUCCCUUCUUGAGAAGUUUAAGGAAUUAAGUAUACAGUCAAGCUUCAGUAUCUUGGUGACAUCAAGAUCUUCCUUUCCAAGUUUUGGUUCUCGAUAUCCUUUAGAUGCAUUGAAUCACAAAGAUUCAUUAACUCUUCUGCGUCAUUCAGCAACCUGCCCGGAUGAUAAGAGCUAUGAUGUUCCAGAAGAUCUUCAGCACAAGAUAGUAAGGCGCUGUAAGGGAUGUCCACUUGCCAUUAAAGUGGUCGGAAGAUCUCUCUGUGGAAAAUAUACAGAGUCAUGGCUUAAAAAAUUAUACGAGUGGUCUAAAGGUGCUUCUAUUUUUGAUACCGAGACUGACGUGCUUGUUUGCCUCAAGACUAGCUUAGACUCCUUGGAUGAAAAAGAUCAAAAUCUCAAGGAAUGCUUCUUGGACCUGGGUGCAUUUCCUGAAGAUCAAAGAAUCCCAGCUGUUGCUCUGAUUGAUAUGUGGGCAGAGUUAUAUGGCAUAGAUGAAGAUUUUAUUUCCAUUCAAUACCUCCAGGAGCUUUCCAGCCGAUGCCUGGUUAAUCUUGUAGUCACAAGAAACUUAGUUUUGAUCAUUACUAGGAAGGAAAAUAUGGUGGCAGAUGGCUACUACAGUGAACACUUUUAUUGA